AUGCGGGUCAAUCCAGCUUAUAUAUCAAUCGGGACGAAUCGAUCUUCAUCUUGUUCAGCUUGCACAUCGAAUGGUUUACUCGCUUUUGGAGCAGGCAAAUUAGUCGCUUUAUGGGACACUGAAUCAUCUCAAGGAGUAUGCGAAACUCUCCCGGGGCAUAAAGGUCAGAUCACCACUUUGAAACUAUUGGGAAACGAUCAAUUUAUAUCAGGAGAUACUGUUGGGGAGAUCAGGGUAUGGGGUCAAAAGGACGAUAAAUGGAUAUGUGAACAAAAGUGGAGUGCCCAUGAAGGGUCUUCGAUAUCUGCUAUAGGUACAGGAAAAGACCUAGUCCUUACAGGGGGUUCAGAUGGUUCGAUAAAAGUCUGGAAAUGGAAUAAAGGUAAAGGGGAAGUGGGGAUGAGUUUAGAGGAGAUUCAGAAAAUUCAGAUUAAAGGGAAAUUACCUUUGGAUAUAGAAUUGACUUAUUUACCUGGAUCGAAUUCCCCAAUACUAGCUGUAGGAGCAACUGAUCGACUUAUCCGAAUAUACACCUUAUCACCUGCUGGAAACUUCGUCCAUUCUUUAUCUCUGGAAGGACAUGAAGAUUGGGUUAGGUGUCUUUCCUUCACUUCUUAUCCUUCCUCUUCUGAUGCGACGAAAGAAGAUCUAUUAUUAGCUUCUGGAUCUCACGAUAAUUUCGUACGUUUGUGGAGAGUAUCCCAAAUAGAGGCACAAGAGCCACGGGAAGAAAAGUCAUCAGAGGAAGGGUUGGAUCUACUCGAUGAAUUUGAAAGAAGGUUGAAUGGUGAAGGCAGUGGUCAGAUUUCAACCAAGGCUCAUGUGAUGGCAGUACAAGAUGGCGAUCAAUCAUUACGGUACAACAUAACCCUCGAAGCUCUACUCAUAGGUCACGAAUCCAGUUUGACCAAUAUUCAUUGGUCACCUCCCUCAACGACUUCGUCACCUUUACUACUGUCCACUGCUGCCGACAACUCGUUGAUCAUGUGGGUUCCAUCAUCACUCUCCACCUCUACAGAUGGGAUAUGGGUACCUGAGCAUCGGUUUGGAGCAAUUGGUGGAAGAGGAUUGGCGUUUUACGGUGCGAUCUGGGGUAAAGACGGUGAAAGUGUUAUGGCCGGAGGAUGGAAUGGUGGAUGGGAAAGAUGGGUCAAAAGUGAUGAAGGAUGGGAAGUCAGAAGUGGUGUGAACGGUCAUUAUGGUGAUGUACAAAGUAUAGCCUGGGAUCCAAGAGGAGAAUAUUUGAUUUCCGUUGGGUCCGAUCAGACAUCUCGUAUACACGCCGAAUCAUCUAUCCCAUCUUCAUCCACUUCUCGUUGGGCAGAAAUUGCCAGACCUCAGAUACACGGAUAUGAUAUGACUGAUAUAGCCUUCAUCUCUCCUUUGAGAUUCGUCAGUGGUGCAGAUGAGAAAGUAGCUAGAGUUUUCGACGCUCCUGAAGGAUUCGUAGAAUCACUGAGGACAUUGGGAGUCAGCGAAGGUAGUAGAAACGAAGAAGGGUCAAGACCAAAAGGAGCUACUGUACCUCCAUUAGGAUUGUCAAACAGGGCUCUACAGAAAGCUCCUGCAGCAGAAGAGGCAAUUGAGAAACACGGUCAAAAUGAAGCUAUAAUUUCCAUCUCACAUACACUUACAUCGCUCCCCACAGAAGAAGAAUUAGCAACAUCAACUCUAUGGCCUGAAAUUGAGAAGAUAUAUGGACAUGGAUAUGAACUUGUUUGUGUAGCAUCUUCACAGUCUGGUGACCUGAUAGCUACAGCAUCAAAAGCGACGAAUGCCGAAUAUGCUGGUAUAAGAGUUAUAUCCACUAAGAAUUGGGAAAUAUUCGGUGAUGUCUUAAAUGGUCAUUCUUUAACUGUCACCAGGAUAGUGUUUAGUCAGGAUGAUCAAUUCAUCUUAACAUGCUCAAGAGAUAGAGGAUGGAGAAUAUUCGAAACAUCAGAUAAAGGUUAUACAUUAUUAGCGAAAGACGAGAAAGCUCAUUCUAGAAUGGUGUUAGAUGCCACUUGGGCUAAAACGGAAGAAAAUGGAAAAUCAUGUUUGUUUGCUACUGCCUCAAGGGACAAAACCGUAAAAAUCUGGAUACCUUCCGAAGAAGAUCGAUCUCAAUGGAUAGCAGCAGAUACUAUCAAGUUUACCGAAGCUACUACUGCUGUAGAUAUCAUUUCGUAUCAAGAUAGUUAUCUAUUAGCAGUCGGUACUGAGACCGGCUCGAUCUCAAUCCAUUCUCUCAAGCAAGUUGAGGAUAAGGUAGAGUCAAAGGAGCUGAUCAGCUUAGAAUCAAGUAUAUCACACGUUGCACCGGUCAACCGACUCGCCUGGAGAUGGAAAGGUGAUCGUGUGCAGUUGGCCAGCUGUAGUGAUGAUCGAAGCGUCAGAGUGUUUGAUGUUGAGGUGUAG